GCAUAAUUAAGUAGGGGUCAUCAUAGGUUGGGACCUGAGAGAGUCAAAUCGGGAUCGACAUUGAAGUCGAAGCUCUAACAACGACAGCCUCGUUAUUGUAUUCGCCCAAUUUACUUUGUGGAAAUUAUAAAUCUUAAAUUUGUCUUAUUUUAUUUAACUGGUUUAUAAAACCAAAUUUAAUUAAACUAUUAGUUAAGUGAUUGUGAGUGCACCCAACAUCAAGUCCAAUACAACAGUCAAGAUUCAGAGAGGAGGUCCACGAUGCAGCGUCGUCCGAUCCCGCCUAGAGAAGAGCGAGACCGUCGAGUCCGAGAGCGUAUGGCUCAGGAGCCGGGGAGGUUCCGUGACGAGACGCAUUGCCGCACCUGGAUGCGCAGGGAGCGCAAAAACGCAUAUUUGGCCCAAGCUGCCCGUCUGGGGUUGCCAGCCCCGCCAUCUCGUCGUGUCCGCACACCUAGGCCAGACCUUCCGCCACCACCUGCUCCAGUUGUUCCGGCUACUUCAGCCAAGGAGUUAUUGCCAUGCCACAUUGUGGUCGCCAUGGAACCCCGACCAGGCAGUCCAAUGCGUUGGGCGAAACAUUGUACACUUGCCCGAGCAGUGGAGCAAACAGGCCGUCCCUCAGUGGCUAGAUUUGUCGAGCCAGGUUAUACCCCUCCUGCUCGCCCAAGUUCUUCAGCAGCCGUUGUUCGAGCUCAGAAACAGACCCGCUGGGAUUUAAUGCAGACUCCAGGUGAAGUCGAUCCAGAGGUCGAAAAGUUGGUGGCACCUGUGGCUGUCCCGGAGGUGGUUUACGUCGAACCGAUGGAAGAGGUCGUUUCUCCUGAACUGGAUCGUGAGGAGGAUCCCUUGGCCUUAGCUGGUAUAGAAGUUGACGAGCAGCUCGAGGAUUCCUCAGACGACUCCGACACUCUCGUCAUUGAUGAGAAAGUGAUUGUCGACCCCGCUGCGCCCACUCUGCCUGACGAAGAGUAG